CAAUGAAACACGGGUGACGGAAAGAUCUGAAAAUGCGCCUUUGGUCUUUUUGUUAACCCGCAGUUCUACGCAGUAGGGCCGCUCAUGUUUGAUAUGGAGCAUGUUUCCGGAGAUGACUGAACGUCGCAGGGAGAUUUAUAUGUGAUAUGAAAUAUUUGGAGCGAAUUCUCGGCGCGAUUGAGUAUCCUGUGGUUUCCAGGACUACUGAUGGAGGCCAUAUAUGAGGAAAUGGAUGUUAAGGUGACUGAGGAGGUAGAGAGUUGUUGUACACUAGUGAAUCUCACUUCAUCUAAGAAGAAGAGAAGGACAAAGGGCAACACAGAACAUGCAGAGAAACCCAAAAAACCCAGGUCUGCCUAUCUGCUUUAUUACUUUGAUGUUCAUCAGAGGUUGCAGCAAGAGCAUCCCGACAUGCCUCAGUCUGAGAUCAACAAGCGCAUCAGUGACAGCUGGAAAAGGCUCAAUGUGGCUGAUAAAGGAUAUUACCUGGAGAGGGCCAAGAUGGAGAAAGAUGGGGUGGACCCAAACACACAGACAUCAGCUUCUCAAGACAUCCCAGGCUUCCGUAGAAUUCUACCGAGAACUGACUAUGUUCUCCUCCCGAAGAUGUCUGUGGGGGAGGACAGGCCUGGGGCUUCCAUAGACGUCUGUGUGGAAGGGGAUUCCCCUCUGACUUUGGGCAGUGAGGUGGAACUGGUGGAACAGUGCAUCACCGUAGAACCUCUUGCUGAAGACACAGUUGUUUCUUCGAGUGGAUGUGGAGCACCCAAAGGAAUUCUGCCACAGUGUUCGACCUCAGCUGGAAGACUUCUGACAUUGCCACAGCAUAGUCUCCAGUCCACCAGCUUGGUGGUUAAGGAAGAUGGAGGCGGGGCAUCAGGCAGGGGUUAUGAGGUGGAAGUGGAAGAGGGAUUUGAGGGGGGCAUGGCUACAGUCUCACAAGUCAAAGCUGAAGCUACUCAUCUGGUUGCUAUCAUACCCAGUCAUGAGCUGGUAGAUAACAAAGUCCUCCCUGCAGUCAGUCCAAUAAUGAUGCUUCCCUUGGUGAACAAUGCCAAACCAGAGCCUAAACCUUCCUUUAAACUGUCUAUAAAGUACACUAGAAGAGGCCGAGGCUAUUGUAGCACUCCCGGAUGCCCUUUCAUCUACGUUACUCGCCAUAAACCGCCUCGGUGCCCUGACUGUGGACAGCAUCUCGGUGGAAAGUGGGUUCCAUCCGCAUCCAAAAAAGCAGGACCAGCUAGCAGGUCAUCUCCGCAAAAAAUAAAAGGUCAGACGGAUGGUUCCAGUUCCACUGCAGUGGGCUCUAAAGGUGCUGUUCAGAGCAGUGUUAAGAAAUCUGACACAGUCACAGGACAAGCACAGGCACCCAAGAGCAAAAGUGACAAAUCUGUGCUUCCUCUGAAAGUUCAGACCGACGUCUCUCCAGCACCUGCAAAUGUUCCUGGAGCCUGGAGCAGGGAGAAGAUGAGUGUUGUUACAGUUUAUCAACCACCUGGUGGCGCCACUGACAAAAAUUCUGAAUCUUUUCAGCUGUCAGGAUCAACAGCUGUCAUUGGGUUGAGUGGUGGUCAAGUCCAGGUCAUUAGCAAUGACAUGAUUCAGAAACGGCGCACUCGGACCAUUCUCCCUGCUCCUGCUAUCCCAAGCAUUCCCUCUCAACCAGCUGUUGUCCAGUGGAUAGCAGUGCCUCCCAGUAAGAUUAAAGGUGACACAAAAAUCGCAACUAGAACAGUUAAGCCUCAAAAUGAGAGGAUUUUGAGCCUGAAACCCAGCACACUGAAGCAGCUGGGUCACUCUUUGCCUCCGAGUGCCUUAGAGCAGAAACCACUUGCAAUCAACAGUAGCCAGUAUGUAGUGACUGACAGCGGAGUGAAGAUCCUCUCUAUGGUGCCUUUGAAGAAAAACUUAGGCUCUUCACUGGAUCUAGGCUUGUCCACGGCACGGGGUAGAGGCAGAUGUAAAAACCCCUCCUGUGAUUACAUCUAUAAGAACAGACACAAACCUCAGCACUGCCCCAGCUGUGGCUGUGAACUCGCCACAAAAACAGCCAAGAAACCCAAAUUCCCAUCGUCUCCUGAGGCAGCAGAUAUGUCCACACUCCUGUUGGACCCGUCACAAUCAUUGACCCCAGCCCAGAGAGAUCUCCAGCGUCAGUCCACAGUGACUCUGCUCAAACACAGCCUACAGUUUCCAGAGAAUGAAGCCGAGCUCCAGGACAUCCUCACGCACAUCUACAACCUCAACCAAGUGGAUAGGAAGAGAGAUGUCGACGACAAUGAAAAGGAUGAAGAGAAGGAUGUAGAACGGGAAGAGCACUGUGUCUCCGCACAGGACGGAUGGCCGAGCUUCUAUGAGCCGGCAGCUACUCAUUGCAGUCUGUGCCAAUAUCCACUAUACAAAGGAGGAGAGAGUUGUCCUAUAGCAGGACUGCAGCAGUGUUGGUUAGUGACUGAGUCUCUGCUGCAGCCAGUGUCUCUGCAGCUAAAGGUGUGCCUGAACUCACAGUGCCUGGCUAUACACAGCUUUACCAGCCUAUACCCAGGUUUGUUUAAUGUGGGGAAUCAGCUGCUGGUGAGCUUGGAUUUGUUCUUUAAAAUCCGAAGUCAGAUUAAACAGGGACAGGACCCUUUACUCGCAGCCCUCGACAUAAUCAACAACACACAUGGUCCAGCAGGUUGUGUACUGAGUCCAGAUGAACAGGCUCAUGUGCAGGAGAUGUUGUGCAGUGGUUACUGGGCAUUUGAGUGUUUGACAGUUCGCGAUUUCAACGAUAUGAUCUGUGGAAUUUGUGGCAUCGCUCCCAAACUGGAAAUCGCACAACGUGAUAUGAACAGUGUUCUACAGCUCAAAAAUGUGGAGUUCACAUGGCCAGAGUUCCAGGCUUCAGACGAGGUUCAGGUGGAGGAGUUCUGGCUGGCAAUGGAGAGUGAGGCACUGGAGCAGGCAGUGUUUCCUUCCAAUGUUUCCAUCACACGCUUUGACGCCUCCAUCAUCGCUCCAUUUUUUCCUGCACUGAUGAGGAGCUCUAUGGUCAUAAAUACAGAGAAGGACAAGAUCAAAACCAACACAAAACACACAGGAGACAUGUGUACUUUAAUGCAUUUAAUCCGUGAUGGUCAGCUAAACCCCGAGCAGAUGGAGCAGCACACUGAGGAGGAGCUGAGGUCCAUACUGGAGCAGUGUGGAGUAACUUCAGCACCGAACAGCACCAAGGAUGAAUUGAUGGAGUCUGUGUGUUUGCUUUACAUACAAGUACAAAAUGGCCUUUCAACAGCUCCUCAACCUGCCGAACACCUCACUGCAGGAAAACUCAGCAAGAUGUGUCCUCACCAGGUGGUGUGCGGCUCUAAGUACCUGGUGCGUGGAGAGAGUGCUCGUGAUCAUGUGGACCUGCUGGUGUCCUCGCGUUUCUGGCCUCCUGUGUAUGUAGCAGACUGUGCGCAGAAGGUGGCGCUGUGCACAGAAGCACUAUACCCCGAGUUAGCGUCACAGAUGUGGGGGAGGAAUCAGGGCUGCUUCUCCGAUCCCAUGACUACUGCAGAGUAUGUCUCCUGUCCUGAACUCCAAGAUCAGCAGUACAGCAUGGACCUCUCAUCUGUGGACUCCAACUCCCAUGUUCACCCUUACACUAAGUCCACUGUGCGCUAUAUUGUGCACCCUGGCGAUCCCUCCCUCUCCUCUUCCUCCACCUCUUCUUCCUCAGACCCCCACCGUGCCCUAACUCUCUGUAAGGAGCUGCAGUCUUACUCCAACCUGGUGUCAUCCAUAAGCACCGGUUUAGAAGAAAACCAGUCUGAAUUCAGUGAAAGGCAAAAAAUGCUUGUGUUCAACAAUGCAGCACACUACUACCUCUACAACCGGCUAGUGGACUUCCUGAGCAGCCGGGACGUAGUGGGCCAGCAGAUGGCCGAGGUGCUACGGGUGUGCCAGCAGGGUGAGGUGGUGAUGAUCCGCGACGCUCUCUACAGGCUCGGCGUGGCUCAGCUAAACCGAGAGGAUGAGGAGAGGGACUACAUGAGAGAGGAAGAAGAGACCGAGGGAGACGUAGUCUCUGUAGCUGUGGAUGAUGUGGUGCUCGAAUGACGGAGGUAGAGAAGUUUGUACUGAAACACUGUGAGAUUUUUAAUAACAGUACCUACAAGAGAACACUGUGCAGGCUGCAUUUAACAGGCUAUAAUAUAAAAUGAUAGUAUUUAUUGCUAAUCAUCGUGUUAAUGAAGAAACUGUGGUCAUUUUCAUAUUAAAGAUUAUCACUCCGAGUA